GCUUGGAGAGCGGCGAGAGCGCACUUGGUGCUGUGCCCGGGCGCCCAAGCGAGGCGGCGGCGAGGGCGCACUGGUGAGUUGGCCACGGAGGCAGCGGGCGCCACCAGCCCCGGCCCCAACCAGCCGCUGGAGAUGACGGAGGCGCUGCUGCCCACCGGCUGCCCGGCCUCGGACCAGAGGGGCGCCUGCUAUUUCCGCAAGGGAUGCAACCCCCUCGCAGAGACCGGCCGGAGUAAAUUGCAAAACCGGAGAGCUGUCCUGAACCAGCAGAUUCUGAAAGUGGUGAGGAUGAGAGCUGGCGCAGAAAACCUCCUCCGUGCAACGACCAGCCCCAAAGUGCGAGAACAGGUGCUGCUGGAACUCAGCUAUGUCAAUUCCAACCUACAGAUCCUCAAGGAAGAGUUAGAAGGACUCAAUAUAUCUGUGGAGGUAUAUCAGAACACGGAGGAACCUUUUAGCAUUCCUCUGAUACCCCUUGGCCUGAAAGAGACGAAAGAUGUGGACUUUGCAGUACCCCUCAAGGACUUUAUUCUGGAACAUUACAGUGAAGAUGGUGCAGAAUAUGAAAAUGAAAUUGCAGAUCUUAUGGAUUUAAGACAAGCCUGCCGGACACCCAGCAGAGACGAAUCCGGAGUUGAGAUGCUGAUGAGUUAUUACGUACAGCUUGGCUUUGUUGAGAAUCGGUUCUUCUCACCCAGUAGAAAUCUGGGCAUCUUAUGUACUUGGUAUGACUCUUUUACAGGCGUCCCCGUUUGUCAGAAGAAUUUGUUGCUGGAAAAAGCCAGCAUUUUAUUUAACAUCGGAGCCCUCUACACACAGAUUGGCACAAAAUGUAAUCGGCAAACGGGAGCCGGGCUUCAAAAGGCCAUCAGUGCUUUUCAGAAGGCAGCAGGAGUUCUGAACUAUCUAAAAGAAACUUUUACUCACACUCCAAGUUACGACAUGAGUCCUGCCAUGUUGAGUGUGCUGGUCAAGAUGAUGCUCGCUCAAGCUCAAGAGUGCAUCUUUGAACAGAUCUGCCUUCCUGGGAUACGGAAUGAAUUUUUCACACUUAUAAAAAUGGCCCAGGAAGUUGCAAAGGUUGGAGAGAUGUACAUGCUUGUGGACACCGCGAUGAGUCAAGCGCCGGUCAAGGAGACCAUCCCUUACUCUUGGUCAAAACUGGCUCAAGUCAAAUCGGAUCAUUUCAGAGCUCUGGCACAUUAUUUUGUGGCCACUAUGCUGAGUGACCACCAAUUACAUCAGACUGAUGAUGAAGAUCAACAGGAAAAGGCUUUUGGCCAGCUGUACGACCACAUGCCCGAGGGGAUGACACCCUUAGCUGUCUUAAGAGAUAGAAGCCAGCGUCAACAACUAGGAAGACUACAUUUGCACAGAGCCAUCCUUUAUCACAAAGAAGCCUUAAGGGUUUGCAGCUUAUGCACAAAGCUCCGGAAUAUAGAGAUCCUUCAAGAGAUUUUGUCCGUUGCACACAAGCGGUCCCUUCUCAAAUAUACUCAGCACGAGCAACAAGAGGACUUCUUUAGCUUGGUGGUGGUACCCAAUAUCCUGUCCAACACAAAUCACAAAAUAGAACUGAUUCCUCCUCUGUUCUCUAACGUGAAAGUUAAAGACUUCUUCGAAAGGCUGGGUCCACCUACGGUGUUUUCAGCCAAGCAGAGGUGGUCACCCCCUCGUCUCAUUCAUUUCUGCUGUGAAGACGGCAUGUUGGGGUUCACUGUCAAAGGAGGCCCACCAGUACAGAUUGACUGCAUUGACCCAGCUUCUCCUGCAGCGUUGGCAGGUUUGAAAGAAGGCGACACCGUGAUUGCGGUUGAAGGUACGGAUUGCAAAUGGUUGGGGACGAGUGACGUCUUGGAAAAGCUCCAGAAUUUGAGAGAGCAGGAGAUUGAGAUCCAAGUGAUCAGCUGUCAAGAAAAUGCACCUUCCUUGCACAACAAAUGUGCCACCUACUCAGCGGGCAUGCAGAAAACUUACUCCCUGAUAUGCCUGGCCAUGGAAGACGAGAGAACCGACACAGCCAAGAAGGUGACGCCUAAGCCGUCGUUCUUGAGUUGGGGAACCAAAAGCAGGCAGAAAGCUGCCAGCACCCUCUGCCUGCCUUCGGCUGUCAGUGGAACCUCCGCCAUUAAGAAAAAACUGACAACCCCGUUCACACUCUUCAAUACCGAUAGUUCAUUGUACUAGGACUUGGAGACCAAGGGCGCCAUCGCCCAGAAAAGGGUCCCAGAAUGGACGUUGUGAAUUCACAAUGUAGCCUUUAGGAAUCCAGAGUUGAGCAGCCUCAGCUUACAGCAACAACGACCCGCUCAAAAUUGGUUUCCGGUUGUACAACUUGCAAGGAUCGGAAGGUUUUUGAAGAACGCGUCAUGUGCCUACUUGUUCUUGGAGUCCACUCAAACUUCUGCCCAGGUUUCUGGCUUAGUUAUGAGCUCUCUUGAGAAACAAUAGAAUGGUUUUUUAGCUCUUCUGCUGCAAAGACUGAGGAUUCGUUUUUUGUUUUGUUUUAAAAAUGUGAAUGUGUAGCACAGUAAUGCCCCAAGGUUGACCAUCUCACCUACAUUGGGAGAAGUAAUAGAACUGUUGACCACAAUGAUGCCGGAUCAAUGUGGUUCUCUUGCCAAUUACUUUAAAACCCAAUGAAUGAGAAACAGGCUAUAGGCCACUUUGUAAUGUUCUGUGAAUUGACAGUAUGUACACAGCUAGUCAGAAACUUAAUUCUUAAAUAAAUUAUUGAACCUCCGGGUGAUGCUAAAAUAACAGGAUAAAUGAAUAAAUCUAACGGGGUGGGGUAGAAGCAAUGCUACAUGAUAAGGUUUUAAAAUCCUAUUUUCUACUCUGCUUUGAGGUGGUUUAAACGAGGGGUCUCCAAAUGUGGCAACUUUUAAGACUUUGGGACUUUGGCUCCCAGGAUUCUGAGAGUUGAAGUCCACACAUCUUAAUGGUACCACGUUUGGAGACUCCUGGUUUAAACAAGCAGAACAUUUUUUUUUUUGAAGCCUUCCACAGAUGCAGGAUUAAAUCACCACGGGCAACUGGAUUUUGCAGUUUCUGGCGUUCCAAAUGGAACAUGGAAAUGAAUUAGGAUGGCAAUUUCCAGAAUUUCCCACACUAAAUGCUAGCAUCUCGCCAACGACCAAAAAAAGCCAUCCAUUGACAUGGCACCCGAUGCUGUGGAAAGAAAUCUCCCAUGGAUAACCUUGAAACCAAUCUCAGCCCUGGUGACACGGAAUGGAUCCAUCGAAAACCAGCUUCUGUUUUGCAAGAUCUGAUGUAACUGGGUAUCGUUUUCUACACCUGCCGAGCAUUAGAGUAAAGAUGGGGAUUUCCUAAUACAAUCAUGUGCAGAGAAAUAUGCUAAUGUAAAUAAGAGUUUGGAAAGAGAUCAGCCAGUUUGAUUGUUGACCAAAUCCCUAGUCCCUGUCAGGUUUCAAUUCAAAUCGGUGUUUCUCAAUCUCAGCAACUUGGAAGAUGUGUGGACUUCAACUCCCAGAAUUCUCUAACCAGCAUAUUGGCUGGGGAAUUCUGAGAGUUGACACAUCUUUUGAGUUGAUAAGGUUGAGAGACACUGCUUUAAAUAGAUAUAUGCCUAGCUCCCCAAUACUAUUUUUGAGAAGGCUAUCAACCGAGGGCUUUUUUGAGCACCACUUUGACGAUGCAUUCCAACGGGUUGAUUAAGUAACUUAACUAUGCCUUAAGUGAAAUUUAGGAGUUCAGCACACUAAAGAACAAGCCCAACUGGAAAAGUAGUUGAUGCUUGGAGUUUUAUUGUCGCUAUCUGAAGUUGCAGGCUAAUACAAAAAUAGUUGUGGUGUUAAGCUGAAAUAUUGCCAACAGGGUUGAUCUUAACAAUGAUAGGCUAAAAAAAAAUUUAAGGAAGGGAAAUUGAAGUUCCUAUUGACAUUCAUUGAAUCCAUUAGCAGAAGCCCUCCAUUUUAGGAAUGUUUUAGAAGAAGUUAGAAUAGAACAAUGUUUCUCAACCUUGACAACUUUAAGAUAUGUGGACUUCAACUCCCAGAAUUUCCCAGUCAGCACGGCUGGCUGAGGAAUUCUGGGAGUUGAAGUCCACAUAUCUUAAAGUUGCUAAGGUAGACACUGCAUAGAAUAAGGAAAAAUGGAAAAGGCUGGUCUAUUGAUGUCAUUUUUUUUUUUAAAAAAAUGGAUUUUUUAAUGUUUCUACCCAGUAGAUGUAAAUAUAUAAAUCUGAAACAAUUAUUUAAGAAUGAGUCCUGGUUUUGACUUCUAUGUGACGAUGAACAACUUUUCACUGCAGCUAUGAAUGAGAUAGGUUUAAUUUUUAACCGUUGUGGUUGUUCAGAAUGAAGGUCUGUUAUUAUCUUUUUUUUAAAGGAAGAAUGUAAUACUGUAGUGGCUGCUUAUUCUUAUUGUGCAAUAUUCAAUCAAUGCUGUGGAACUAAUUCUAGUGCAUAAUAAAAUGUAGGUUGGAAGGA